AUGAAAUUUUGUAAUGUAGUUUACUGUUCUUAUGGAAUUGGUUUCUCUCUCUCUCUCUCUCUCUCUCUCUCUCUCUCUCUCUCUAUCUAUCUAUCUAUCUAUCUCUCUCUCUAUCUAUCUAUCUAUAAUAUAAUAUUAUUUAUACUAUAUUAUAUUCUGCUCAUAUCUAUCUAUCUAUCUAUCUAUCUAUCUAUCUAUCUAUCUAUCAGACUCUCUCGAGAUCACUCGUCUUGCACUCUGUCUCUCUCUCCCCUCUCUGUCUCUCCCCUUCUUCGUCUCUCUCUCCCCUCUCCGUCUCUCCCCUUCUCUGUCUCUCUCUCCCCUUCUCCGUCUCUCUCCCCUCUCCGUCUCUCCCCUUCUCUGUCUCUCUCUCCCCUUCUCCGUCUCUCUCCCCUUCUCCGCCUCUCUCCCCUCUCUGUCUCUCCACUUCUCUCCCCUUCUCCGUCACUCUCUCCCCUCUCUGUCUCUCCCCUUCUCCGUCUCUCUCUCCCCUCUCCGUCUCUCCCCUUCUCCGCCUCUCUCUCCCUUCUCCGUCUCUCCCCUUUUCUGUCUCUCUCCCCCCUUCUCCGUCUCUCUCUCCCCUCUCCGUCUCUCCGCUUCUCCGUUAUCUUCCCUUCUCUGUCUUUCGUCCCUGGCAAUCGAAAAUGGAUUUUAUACAAAGAGAAAAUCGAAAGGAGAUAA